UUUCCUAUCUACACACCUUCAAUUCCAGAUUCCUCUCUUUCUUUCUUCUUCACAAAAAUAUUAUAUCAUGUCUUCUUCAUCGGAAGUUGUGGAUUCCAUGAGAUAUUCCGGCCAAAACACACAGGUCCGGGCACCCGAGAAGUCUAGUUUCUCUCAAACUUGCAAUCUUUUCUCUCAAUACUUGAAGGAAAACAACACUUUCCCAGAUCUAACUCUUGGUAGGAGCGCACCACAAUUAACUGCCACCAUGAGUCUUUUUCCCAUGAAUGAAACCCCACGCGCCACCGCGCAACAAGCAAACAAGCAACAAGAUCAAUCAAAAACGAUGACCAUCUUCUACAAUGGUCAGGUCAUGGUGUUCAAUGAUUUAGCUCCCGAAAAGGUUAAAGAAAUCAUGAAACUUGCGGACCAAGGAAGCGCCCACAAACCUAUUAAGCCAGAUGAACCAUCCAAGCACACUGUUGUCACUGGCUCCGAUCUUCCUAUCGCAAGAAAGGCUUCGCUUGCUAGAUUCUUGGAGAAGAGGAAGGACCGAGUCACGGCUCGAUCGCCAUAUCAAGUUCAUGAUGUUUCGAAGCAAGAAGACAGCAAGGAAUGGUUGGGACUUGGUGGACUAUCUCAUUGAUUGAUUAAGGAUAUUAAUUGGUGUUUUUAGUUAUGUUUGUUACUAUUUUUUACGGAGGGCCGAUUUAACUAUACUAUAUCUGAUCUGACUUGUUUUUACGUCUUUCUAAAAUUGAAAGAUGUAGUUUUUUUUUACUUUUUUUUACUACAUGGUAUGGAAUAUGGAUGAUAUACUAUUAAUUAAUUAAUUAAUUAAUAUUAUUUUGAUUUUCUUGUUA